GAGGUCAAAGUAAACUGGGCAACCACUCCUAGCAGUCAGAAGAAAGACACAUCCAAUCACUUUCAUGUUUUUGUGGGAGAUCUGAGUCCUGAGAUCACAACUGAUGACAUCAGAGCUGCAUUUGCACCUUUUGGGAAAAUCUCGUAAGUUCCAAGAAGUUAUACCUUUUUGUGGAACAUGUUUGGGUUUUGUCUAAAUAAUGUCGAUGGGUUGUGUGCUAUCUGUAUAUAUUAUUUAGCCCCUGUCAGCCAGACUUUCAUAAAAUUAUGGGCAAAGGUUUAAUUGACUUUUUGUUACUGCUGAUAGUUGGUAGUUGAUAACUGCAACACAAUCACAAUUUUGAGAAUGUAUUGAUACAAGAUAAAACAAACAUUUUUACAUAUUAUUUUACAUUUUUUAUUUUCUUGAGGUGCUAGCGUUAGCUUGUAUGCAGUCACACUUCUGACAGAAAUGAAAGUUUUGUUUCACAAAAUUGUUUUAUUCUUCACAGACUUACACUUUUCACAUUUCAAUUGUUGUUGUUUAGUUUUACUACAGUAAUUCUUUUAAAAACGUGAUGUUAUAGCUGGAGACAUUUUGCUUUAUUUGCAUUAAUGAUAUUUGAAUCACAUAGGCUAAUCAGUAUCACCAAUAAACACAGGGCAGUGUAGUCAAUAUUGUGUCCCCAGAUCGAUCUGUUUUAAAGUGUACCAUACAUUUUUUCAUCACUAAUCUCCUUUGCUAUGCAGAAAUGGGUAAGUAGCUUUGAUAUGCUAAAGCAGUUCAAUAUUUGGUUGAAAACACACAAAAAUAUAUGCAGUACUACUCUGAGAAAUUUUUAGAUUCUCCUUUAGCUCUGAGUGUCAGUUAAUAGAGCUCUGGUUAUUUUACAGAAAUGCUCAUAGGAUUGGACAGGAGAUUGAAGGCUAACAGCAAGGAACUGUGCACUCUGGGAACUCAGAUCUUCCCAAACUCCUUAUUGGUGGUAAAGAAUUGACCAGGAAAAAUAAAGAAAUCUGUUAACAGGCCAUGGAUGCACGCGUGGUGAAGGAUAUGACAACAGGGAAAUCAAAGGGGUAUGGAUUUGUGUCCUUCUAUAACAAACUGGAUGCUGAGAAUGCCAUAGUACACAUGGGGGGUCAGUGGCUUGGUGGGCGACAAAUCCGGACUAACUGGGCAACUCGUAAACCACCUGUCCCCAAGAGCGUUCAAGAGAAUAGUUCCAAGCAGCUAAGAUUUGAUGAGGUGGUGAAUCAGUCGAGUCCGCAGAACUGCACCGUGUACUGUGGUGGCAUUCAGUCAGGUCUCACAGAACACCUUAUGCGACAGACAUUUUCUCCUUUUGGACAGAUAAUGGAGAUUAGAGUUUUUCCUGAGAAGGGCUAUUCUUUCAUCAGGUUUUCCUCCCAUGAAAGCGCUGCCCAUGCCAUUGUGUCAGUGAAUGGGACCACCAUCGAGGGUCAUGUUGUGAAGUGCUACUGGGGCAAAGAGUCACCUGACAUGGCCAAAAACGUCCAACCGAUGGAAUAUGGCCAGUGGGGACACUGGAAUCAAAUGUAUGGCAAUCCGCAACAAUAUGGUCAGUACAUGACGAAUGGCUGGCAAGUACCAUCCUAUGGAGUAUAUGGGCAAACAUGGAAUCAGCAAGGAUUUGGUGUAGAACAGUCACAGUCCCCUGCGUGGGUGGGAGGAUUUGGGACACAACCCUCUCAGGCUCAGCCUGGCCCAGUGAUGAACCAAGCUAACUUUGGCAUGGCAGGGUACCAGACACAGUGAUUUGACCUUCACUCUCCAUAAUACACAUCUCUUUUCACUUGUUUAGAAACUGCUCUCAUGGGGAGGGUAGGUAAAGACUAAAAGGAGCUCAUCUUUUUUUCCCCACAAGCAUUGGGUCUAAAGCUGGAUUCGCUUUAGUGUUAAGACACAUUUAAAAUUAAACAGGCAACAGGGAUGCACUGCUUCAAUGGAAUUCUGAAUUCAUUUACAAGAUAUAUUCCUGUUUUAAUGGAAUUGGAGAAGUUGUGUUGUAUCUAUUGCCCCACCCUUUUUUUUUUUUUAUUCUACAUAUCUUGAAGAAAACUGCACAUUUUUCUCUUAAGCCCAGCUUUAGGAAAUUCACAGGUACAUUGCAGAAAACCCAUGGUAUAAGUUAUCUGAACAUAUUGUUUUUUGAACAAUGAGUAUUUUCAUUUUUCCCCUUCCUAAAUAGCUGGUCAUGCAUUUGCUUGUUCAUAACAGUUUGGACUUGAAGUUUUGUACAAAAACACAACAAACAACACAAAAAACUAAGCAUUCUGACUCUGCAAACAAAUGUAAGUAAAGGCACUUUUUGGGGGUUCAUCGAACCUGUGUCAUGUAAAUGUUGACGUGUAAAUGAAUUUCUAUGUGCAGUGGUGUUUAUUUAAUCCACAUUAGCUCCCCAUUCGCCUAGAAAUUCUAGCGCUCUUUGAUACUGUAUGUAUAAUGUAUCUUUUUACUUAGAUUUACAGACACAGUAAAAUAUCUCCCAUUCACAAUGGAGGAAGGGUGAUAAUGGCCAAACCUGUAAAUAUCUUUUGAUAACUUGGUCUGGAAUAAUGGUUUCAAAACAUGCGUUCUACUUGACAAUUUUGCAGAACUAAUGCAGCAUGUGUUAGACAAAUAUUUAUGUGUGACUGACAUGCUGAACAGAUUCAGUGAAAUUCACAAGCAAGCCUUAAUUUUUGGUCAGUCACACACAAUUCAGUUUAACACUUUGAGAUCCUUGUAAAGAGCUGUAUAAUUGAUUUUAGAGCUGACUGUAAAUUCAUCCCUUUGCUAUUUUAACAAAAUGCGUGCCAUUUUUGAGUAGCCAGAGAAAAAGAUGUUUGGAUAUUUUUUUUUCCUGGGCACAGUAAGGAAUUGCAUGUUUCAAUCUAUAAUAUUGAGUUUGCUCAAAGCAUUGAAUGUAAAAAGCAGAAAUGUUUGAAUACAAUGUAGCAUUUAAAGUUUUCUUUUUAGUCUAAAUGAGUCAAUAAAUGAACAAACCAUUGGACAAGAA